AUGUCCUAUUAUGAAAGGACCUGGUGGCAGGAAUGGACCGAUGCCAACACCAGUACCAUGCCUAUUGCCAUCAUAAGGAGGGCCUCUGUCCACCCCUUCAGCAGGCUAGAGGAGCAAGUGCUCAUCAACCGCCAUGACGUCAUGAGUAGGAAGGAUGUUUGGGACAUGGAGGAGUUCAUCACUCGCAUUUAUGUCAAGCAGUUGCUCCAACACCCGAUUUUCCAGUUGCUGCUGACCUUUCUGCUGUUGGUCAACGCCAUCACCAUCGGGCUGCGCACCAACGCCUUGCUCAGCCAGCAACACUAUGAGUUGUUCUCUAUCAUAGAUGACAUUGUGCUGACCAUCCUUAUCUUUGAGGUUAUUCUCAACUGGUUAAAUGGCUUCUGGAUUUUCUGGAAGGACGGCUGGAACGUUUUCAACUUCUUUAUCGUCUUUGUCUUACUCCUGGGGUUCUUCAUGAAUGAAGUGAAUCACAUCUGUAUCUCCUAUACCCUCAGGGUGCUUCGUCUGAUACCUGUUUGUCUGAUGGUGGAGCCCCUGGCCCGGAUCAUCCGCGUCAUCCUGCAGUCGGUGCCGGACUUGGCCAAUAUCACAGCCCUCAUCCUCUUCUUCAUGUUGGUGUUUGCUGUGUUUGGGGUGACUCUCUUUGGUUCGUUCCUGCCUCAGCAUUUCCAGAACUUGAAGAUUUCUCUGUACACGCUCUUCAUCUGCUUGACCCAGGAUGGCUGGGCAGACAUCUACGAUUCUUUUCAGACCAUUUCAAGGGACUAUGUACUAGAGUUGGGAGCUGCCAUCUACUUUGCCAUCUUCAUUACUUUGGGUGCCUUUAUUGGCAUCAACCUGUCAAUUGUCGUGGUGAUCACUAAUUUAGAGCAUAUGAUGAAGGAAGGAAAGCAGGAGCAGCAGCACCAAAUCAUCCUCAAAGAGGUGAAUGACCUGAGAGAGGAUGAAAAUGAGGAGCUACAACUGGUGCACUGUGAGACAGUGUGGUCAGAGACGCCUAGCAGCCGGCAAACUUCCUCACUUAAGGAAAGUGCCCUGCCUAACCUCUCGGAAAACAAGUGCGACAACUUUUGCUUGGUGCUGGAAGCAAUUCAGGACAACCUGAGGCAGUACAAGGAGAUCCGUGAUGAGCUCACCAAAAUAGUGGACGAGGUACGCUCCAUCCGCUUCAACCAGGAGCAGGAGGAAGAGCGACAGCGCAGGCACUUGUCGAUGAAAAUGUCGAUAGCGAAAUUGCUGGAGAACCGGUCCUCGGCCGGGUUUGACAAGCAGCAAGACUUGAUGACUGUGCUCGUCAACAUAGAAAAGGUUCAGGAAUCCACAACGAAUUUAAUCCUUAAACGCAAGUUCAGCCCCUGA